CGCGUGGCUUCACCACUGAGGUAACAGCUUGUACACCGGACGUCGUCCCGUCUGUACGUUCUUCCGUCUCUCCGUGCCCGAGCAUCAGACCCAGACACCAUGUCUUACCAGAACUACAGCUACUCUAGCAGCAGCACCGGCGGUGGUGCAGGAGGCGCCGGCGGGAGCCUCCGGCUCGGCAGCGGGGGCGGCUUCCAGCAGGUGAGCUCCUUCAGCGACGGCGGGUCUUACCGCACGUCGUGGAGCACCGGGGGCGGUGGCGGCGCGCGGGCCAGCUACAGCGCGGGGAGUCUCAAUGCCUCCUCGGGCGCGCUGGUCCCCGUGAGCCGUACCCGCUCGUACGUCCAGUACGGCGCUGGCGGUGGUGGCGGCGGCGGCAGCGUCGCCUUCGAGGCCAACGAGAAGAUCGAGAUGCAGUCGCUCAACAACCGCCUGGGCAGCUACAUCGCAAAGGUCCGCGCCCUGGAGGAGGCCAACCGCAACCUGCAGGUACAGAUCAACGAGGCUUCCAGCGUGCAGGUGGUGACCGACGACGGCAUCGACUGGGCUGCGGAGCUGGCGGCGGCCCGGGAGGCGCUCCUCGCCGCUAACCUUGAGCGGGCCCGCGUCGAGAUCGAGCGGGACAGCGUCCUGUUGGAGGUGAACCAGUGGCAGGACAAGAUCACCGGAGUCAUGGAGCAGCGCGCUGUCCUGGACGACGAACUCAACAUGCUGAGGAGGGAAUCUGAUGAGCUGACGAUGGAGAAGGUUGACCUGGAGGGUCAGAUCGAGGGCGCGAAGGGCGAGCUGGAGUUCGUCAAGCAGCUGCACGACCAGGAGGUGGCCGAGCUCAAGUCGCGCAUCUCAGCGCAGACCGUCGUGGAGAUCAAGUCAGACUUCCAGUCGGUGGAUCUGAACGCUGCUCUGAAGGCCAUCCGUGAGCAGUACGACGAGAUCGCCGCUAGGAACCGUGCAGAGAUAGAGGCCUCCUUCCAGGGAAAGGUAGCCGAAGUGAAGGUGCAGCAGGAGCAGAGUAGCGAGGCGCUGACCCUGGUGAAGUCGGAAGUUUCCGAGACCCGCCGAAGCGUCGCGACUCUCACGGCCGAGCUGGAGUCGCUUAAGGCUCAGAGCUUCGCGAUCCAGGAGUCGAUCGCCAGCGCUGAGCGGGAGAACGCGUCCCGCCUGGAGUCCAAGAUGGAGAUCAUCAACAGCAUCAAGAUGGAGCUGGGUCGCCUCAAGUCCGAGAUGAGCCGCGAGAUGAAGAAGUACGAGGAGCUGGUCAAGAUGAAGCUGGCCCUGGAGUCCGAGAUCAAGCAGUACGACGGGCUGCUGUCCGGGGAGGAGAGCCGCAUGGUGGGUGUGGGCGAAAGCAGCAGCAGCAGCACCUCCUACAGCGCCUCUAGCGGCGGGAGCACCACCUACACCACCAAGACCGUCACCAAGACCAUCCGGUCCUAGGCGGCAGGGACGGCAGGGCUGUGGUGUUAGUCUCAAAUAGACACACACGACAGCCCAACUAAGCAACUGAAACGUGCGAAAACAACUGAAUAAGACCACCUGUUACAUCAGUUUC